CACCCCUUGUUGUAUGUCAGUUCUGACAAUUUGCUUAAAAAACGAAAUUCAUGAUUCGAAAUUAGUAUACUGAUUUACUAAACAGUCCAACACAUAAGCCCCAAAGUAAAAAUUCUAGUAUUCAAUCUAAAUUCUUAACAGUACAUGAAUUCAAUAUAUUAUUCGAUUAUUAUAACCUGUCUUUCUGUUCAAAAAAGCACAAAUUUGUAUGUUUGAAGAUGUUACAGUGAUUUGGUUCUAGAACAAGUGAUGGCAUCAGGUAGUAGGGACCGCAAUGGUGACAGUGAAUGGCUUUUGGCGAAGGAUGGCUUGAAAUUGUUGAUCAACAACAAAGGAAAAGAAGCCGAGGACUUGUUUCUUAAGUAUCCUGAAAGCCUGGUUAUGUUUUCUGGUUACUCAUUCGCAGUUUUUAUGGAUGCUCUUAUGUCCUUCGAAGAGGAAAAACUCACAAAAGCAAUCACCACCCUCAAGGAAGUAGAAAGAAGAUGUAAUACCAAGGGUUGGUUCAAGAUAGUCAGGAAUAAGAUGUUUGGUAGCACCGAAGAAGAACCGUUGUUGACUGAAACUCUAGAAACUCAGAUAAUCUUAGCUGACUCUCAAGUUUGCUUGGCGAUAUUAGUGUUCCUUCAGCAGGAUAUUUCCGGUUAUUUGAAGGCUGGCUGGGUGCUGAGGAAGGCCUGGAAGCUCUACCAGAGUACCUACAGUGACCUGCUGAACUUGUAUACUGGAGAAAUAGGACCCUUGAAUUUUCCAGAUCCAACCCUGGCCUCCCGCAGCUCUGACAGCGUGGUGAGGAACGAACGUGCUAUCCUAUCCUCCAACGACACAGCCUUUGACCUGAAGCCCAUCUCCAACGGGAAGACAAGCGACAGGCCCCUGAGUAAGAAGGUGAUUAUAAGGCUGAUGAACGCUGUAACCUUCGGCUACGGUAUGCUGCAGCUUGGAGUGUCGCUUUUGCCUCCGGCGUUGCUGAGGCUGACCAGUUUCCUGGGUUUGAGCGGGAGCAGGUCGCAUGGACUGGCCUGCUUGAUGUAUUCGAGGCUUGGUGUCGACAUGAGAGCGCCCUUAGCAACCCUGUCCUUAUUGUGGUAUCACUGCAUAGUGCGACCAUACUACGCCCUUGACGGCACCAACGUACAAGCUGGAGCUAGAGUUGCUGAAAUGCUGAUCCACGAAUCACGUGAAGAAUUCGGGGAAUCAGCCCUUUUCCUCUUCUUCAGGGGAAGAUUAUGCAGACUCAACUCGGACAUACCCUCUGCCUUGACUGCUUUCCAAGCCUCGGUCAAGAACUCCACCCAGAGAGAGAUCAAGCUGUUAUCCCUUCACGAGGUGGGGUGGUGCUACCUGAUCCAACUGGAUUUCCAAAACUCCGAGUCCAACUUCGCCUUCCUGGCCACUUGGAGCAGAUGGUCCAGACCGUUCUACAGCUACAUCGCCUGUAUAUGCAAAGGAUCCAGGUCUGCAUUAGGCGAUUAUUCUGUCCUGGAAGAGAUGAUAGUCAAUAUCAGGACGUCGGUCAAGGGUAACCAGCUGGACGAGUUCUUGACGAGGAGAGCGUUGUGUUUCCCAAGCAAGGAGGACUUUGCCACGUGUUCGCCCAGGUUCUGGAAGCUAUUCGUUUACGAGAUGCUUUACUUGUGGAAUUCUCUGGCAAGUUGCACGAAGGAGAAUCUUCUCAGGAUUAUUUCAGAUUGUGAUCUUGAAUCACCCACUGAAGAACCCAUGAAAGGUGUAGCUAAACUGAUCCAAGGUGCCUGUUACCUCAUCUUGGGUAGGACCUUGGAAGCCAGAUCCAUCUUGAGAGAAUGCAUAGAGAGCAGAAAUGAAAUCACUCAGAAAAGUCAACCUAGGGAUGGCCACAUUCUUGCAUUCGCGCAAUACGAGUUGGCUUCAAUAUUGGUUGAGACCCCUGAGACCCAGGAAGAAGGUAGAAAACUUCUCCAACAGACUACAAAUUUAAAAGACUACGAUUUCGAAGACAGAUUGACUGUGCGAGUGAGUUCACUGUUGAGACACGGUUAAAUAUACCAGAACCUUCAGGAAAUGACAAUAUUUGGGAGUAAUUUAACGGGAUAUUAGCUUACGAUGACAAUUGAAAAUACAAUCUUUAUAAUAAGAGAGCAUCUAGAUUUUACCUCAAAAAAUAUUUUACACAAUUUAUAACGAUUGGAAAAAAAGAACACAAAAGUAACUAUAUGUAGAUACCUAUAUUUUAUAUUUUUAAUAAAAUUUACUGUUCGAUUUAA